AUGUCUCCCCUGAUCUAUGGCAUUGGCACAGGCCAUUUCCAUCAGCAGUCGAUUCAAGUACCAGCCAUGAUUCAAGCGGCGCUCAAGACGCAGCAGGCCGAAGUAAUCGGUCCUGGUAAGGCGAGCUGGGACCAUGUGCAUGUUGGCGAUUUGGCGAAUUUAUAUGAAAUUGUCGUGCAAAAGCUUCUGGCUGGGGAGGAUCUGCCCAGUGGCGAGAAGGGGAUCUACUUCUCGGCCAACGGUCACCACACUUGGCUCGAGCUGUCUCAGGGGCUGGCUGAUGCGCUGUUCACGCUUGGUAUAAGCAAGACGGAAGAAGUGAAAAGUAUCAAUCUAGAAGAAGCAGCAGAGAGAUGGGCCGGCGGAGAUACUCUGCUUGCUGAGCUGGGUUUUGCAUCGAAUUCACGAACAGAGUCAGAGCUUAGUAGAAGUCUGGGUUGGAAGCCCCGUAAGAGCGACCGGGACUUCAAGAACCAUUUCCAGACUGAAGUGGAAAAUAUGAUGGAAGAAAAGGAGAAGAACAAGUAG